CCGAGUGUAACUGACCAAUCAGGAUCAGCCUCAACCUUUCGUCACAACCAAUCGCCUUGCAAGCAGUUCUUCUCGCAAACAUGUCACCCAUGAAGCUGUGUGUUCCUGGUGAUAAACUUUGUAGUGUGGAAGACUGUGCUCCUGGGACAGGCGUAUACAUGCGGCAUGGCUACAUUUACUCCUCGCUAGCAGGCUACGUGCUCAAGAAAAAUGAAGGCGAAGAGUUACCAGUCAUCUCUGUUGUGAGAGAAACAGAAACACAGCUACUUCCUGAUGUUGGGGCAAUUGUUACUUGCAAGGUGACCAGUAUCAAUCCCAGGUUUGCUAAGGUCCACAUACUUUAUGUCGGCUCCACACCCCUGAAGGACCGCUUCAGAGGAACGAUCAGAAAAGAAGAUGUCCGGGCAACAGAGAAAGACAAGGUGGAGACGUACAAAUGUUUCAGACCUGGCGACAUUGUCCUGGCUAAAGUGAUUUCUCUGGGUGAUGUGCAGUCCAACUACCUGCUGACGACAGCUGAAAAUGAACUUGGCGUGGUAGUGGCUCACAGUGAAGCAGGUGCACAGAUGGUUCCGAUCAGCUGGUGCGAGAUGCAGUGUCCACAGACGCAUGCCAAAGAGUUUCGCAAAGUGGCAAGGGUCCAGCCAGAGUAUCUGCAAGCGUGACAAACUUGACACUUGAUUUUCUUCACAAGGAACACACAGCUUCCCCCUCCUCUUCCCUGGGUGACUCCGGGGCCUCCCCGAAUGAGCAUUAUUGUUUUGCUUGGGGAAAAUAUUGUUUUAUUUCUUUUACAUUUUGUCAGAAUAUCAGCUCGGACACAAUGUUAACAUGUACAUUUCUCAUUUUCUCUGGUGGUUAUGCACCAAUGAUAAACUGAAGUCUGAACUGCAUUCAAAAGCAGCUUCGCGAGGUUGUACUCAAAUAAUACGAUUCAGUUUGCAUCUUUUGGUGCUCAUUUUUUCCCCCACCACACACACCAUGGAUUCCAUUUGUAUCAAUUUCAGUUAAAUUUCUUGUUUUCCAGUACAUUGAGCCUACAAUUAACGCAGAAUUUAUUUUUAAUGAACACUUCACUUUACUGAAGAUGUUUGCGAGAAAAAAAUAUAAUGAAAAUGUUAUCCUU